AUGCCAAAACAAGGUAAAAGAAAGAGCUAUCGGUCCAGAUUACAGCAAAUGAGAUUGUAUGCCACUCAAAGAACUAAUGAAGAUACAGAGAUGGGGUAUGAUACAAAGCUAAAAGCAGACACUGAAGAAAAGUAUGAUCCUACCAUGAUGCAAGAUGGUAAAAAGCAGACUGAUCAAAAAGAAGAAAAAAAAAUUUCUACUGAUAGUUUUAAUGACCCCGCAAAUGAAAAAGAUUUCCAUUCGACAUCACAGCAGUCGGAAACAGAUCAGACAACAAAAGAUGAAUGGAAAACAAAGAGGAAAAAAGAAUCAACAAGGAAAAGAAUGGCCAAGUAUAGACAAGGAAUGUCAGAUGAACAGAAAAGAGAGAGAAAAGGCAUAGAUAAAAGAAGCAAACAAGACAAAAGAGAACACUUACCUGAAGAAAUAAAGGAGAACAUCAAGGCAUCAGAUCGAAAAAGAAAACGGGAUAUAAGAGAGCAGUUACCUGAAGAAAUCAAGGAGAACGCAUCAGGCUUCAGAGAAAAGAAAACGCGAGACAUAAGAGAGCAGUUACCUGAAGAAAUCAAGAAGACCAUCAAGGCUUCAGAUCGAAACAGAAGACGGGACAAAAGAGAGCAGUUACCUGAAGAAAUCAAAGAAAUCAUAAAGGCUUCAGAUCAAAAGAGAAAAAAAGACAAAAGAGAGCAGUUACCUGAAGAAAUCAAAGAAAUCAUAAAGGCUUCAGAUCAAAAGAGAAAAAAAGACAAAAGAGAGCAGUUACCUGAAGAAAUCAAGGAGAAUAUCAAGGCAUCAGAUCAAAAGAGAAAAAAAGACAUAAGGGAGCAUUUACCUGAAGAAAUCAAGGAGAAUAUCAAGGCAUCAGAUCAAAAGAGAAAAAAAGACAAAAGAGAGCAUUUACCUGAAGAAAUCAAGGAGAAUAUCAAGGCAUCAGAUCAAAAGAGAAAAAAAGACAAAAGAGAGCAUUUACCUGAAGAAACCAAAGAAAUCAUAAAAACAUCAGAUAGAAAAAGAAAAAAAGACAAAAGAAGGAAUUUACCUGAUAAAGAAAAAACCAUUUUAAAAGCAAAAGAGCGAAAACGGCUGUCCAACUAUCGUCAAAAAAUGCCUUCUGAUUUGAGAGACUCUGUCAGAAUAUCAGAUAGAAACAAAAAGAAAGACAUAAGAGAGCAGUUACCUGAAGGAACCAAGCAGUUCAUCAAGGCAUCAGAAAGAAAAAGAAAACAGGACAAAAGAGAGCAGUUACCGAAAGAAAUCAAGAAGACCAUCAAGGCUACAGAUCAAAAGAGGAAAAAAGACAAAAGAGAGCAGUUACCUAAAGAAACCAAAGAAAUCAUCAAGGCUUCAGAUCAAAAGAGAAAAAAAGACAAAAGAGAGCAUUUACCUAAAGAAACCAAAGAAAUCAUAAAGACAUCAGAUAGAAAAAGAAAACAAGAAAAAAGAGAGCAUUUACCUGAAGAAAUCAAGAAGACCAUGAAGGCAUCUGAAAAAAAGAGAAAACAGGACAAAAGAGAACACUUACCUAAUGAGAAAAAAAAUGAAAUCAGAACAAGGGAUCAGCAGAGAAAAUCAGUAAAUAAAAAACUAAACCUUCAAAAUCCAUAUCAGACAUUCCUUCACAAAAUCAAAUCUGGACCCUCGUUUGUAUGCAUAUGUUGUAAUCGGCUUCUCUAUGAACAGACUGUAAAUAAGAUUACCAAGAAUACGUUCAAAACAGUUGAUCCAGAUGUUUUGAAUGAGGCACUGCCAGGCUGGUGUUUUGAUCAGAAAGAGAUUAGUUACAUAUGUAAAACAUGCAUUCUUUCACUGCACAAGAAGAAAAUACCUGGACAAGCAACAGUAAAUGAACUUCACCUCACUGAGCUCAAGGAACCUUUGAUAUCAUUAACUGAUUUUGAGGCCAGACUAGUUUCCCAAAGACUCAUAUUCAUGAAGAUACUUGCCCUACCCCGUGGAAGACAAAAAGCUGUACACGGCACUGUGGUAAAUGUUCCUGUGGAUAGUUCACAGACAUGUACUUUGUUACCCAGACUUCCCACCAACUCUGGACUCAUUCCAGUCAAACUGAAGAGAAAGCUAGAAUACAGAGGUCAUGUUGAGUUUCAGCAUAUAUCUCCAGACAGAGUAAUAUCAUCAUUACUGUUUUUGAAGGAAAACAAUGAAUUUUACAAAGAUGUUCCUGUCUUAGAAAAUUGGAAAGAUUUGGCCGCUGGAGAUAAUCCAUCAUUGUGGGAAAGACUGACAGAGCCACAUACUAAAAAGAAUGAAUCAGUGGAUGAUGACAGUGGGAAUCCUGAUCAGAGAACAGACCCACAUAAUGAGGAAGACAAUACUCAUAGUAGUGAUGGAGUUUAUGAACACAGUACUUUAGGAAAUGACGAUGAUGAAUGGUCAGGAGAGGAUGAUGAUUUGUUGAAUGCUGAAGAGAUAUCUCAAACAAGAGGCAUUGCUUAUGAUACAUGUAUUCAGCAAGAGUACAGAGGAAAUGAAAUUAUAUCAAUUGCACCUGGUGAAGGAAAAACUCCUGUGUCACUUCUGACCGAUGACAACAAUGAAGUUCUUGCCUUCCCUAAACUGUUUCCAGAUGGAAAAUUUGGAUUUGAUACAAAACGUAAAAUUAAAUUAUCACUCAGUAGAUACAUUAAUGCCAGACUUUUACAUAGAGAUGGCAGAUUUGCUCGCAACUCGGAUUACAUUUUUUACGCACAACACAUUAGAGAUCUUCAACACAUCAAUGGUUCCAUAUCUGUAGCCAUGAGGAAGGCUUCAUCUUCAAAAUUGAAUGCUGGACUUGCAAAAGAUCCAUCACAGCUAUCAGCAUUGAUUCUGAAAGAUCAUGGCUACAAAUUCCUUACUCAAAUCAGAGGUUCUCCAGCAUACUUUGACAAGAUGUUGUUAGAACUACUUGCCUGUGUUAAGCAGCUGGGAUCAUUCACAUGGUUUAUUACACUCUCAGCAGCAGAUCUGCAAUGGCCAGAAGGGAUACAGAUAAUAGGAAGACAAUAUGGACACAAUUUCACAGACCAGGAUGUAAAAGACAUGACAUGGGAGGAGAGAUGCAGAUGGAUCAGACAAAAUCCAGUUACUAUUGCAAGACAUUUUGAUUAUAGACUAAAGCAGUUCAUCAAAAAUGUCCUUCUCAGUCCACAGCAGCCUGUUGGGAAAGUCACCAUGUACAUGUACAGAAUUGAGUUUCAACAGAGGGGAUCUCCCCAUGCACAUAUGGCAUUCUGGGUGGAAGGAACACCAGACUUUGAGAAUUCCACUGAUGAAGAAAUCAGAAAUUUCCAUGAUCAGUAUGUCAGCUGUGAUAUACCAACAGAUGAUGAAGAGCUUUGUGAAUUGGUAAAAAAAGUUCAGAGUCAUGUACAUUCUCCUUCAUGCAGGAAACCAGGCAAAAACUGUAGAUUUUCAUUUCCCAAGCCACCAACAGAUAGAACCAUUAUAAUUAAAACAGUGAAAAAGACAGAUGAAAAUCAACAAGCGCCAUCCAGUGAACCAGCCAACAUGACAGAUGCUCAAGUGAAAGAAAUACUAUCUCUCGUAUAUGCCAAACUGGAUGAGCUGGGAGAAGAUAUGACCACAGAGCAUCUACUGAAAGAAAUCGGACUUCCAGAAAAACUUUACUAUUCUGCACUCUCUCAGUGCAGAAAAACAGAUGCUAUUAUUAUGAAACGACAACCCAGCCAGAAGUAUGUAAACAACUACAACCCUACACUUCUUAAACUAUGGAAGGCCAAUAUGGACAUCCAACUUGUCUGCAACCCAUAUGCAUGCAUCAUGUAUAUUGCUUCAUAUAUAAGCAAAGCAGAGAGAACGUUAGGAGAUCUCCUGAAGUCUAUUAGUAAGGAGUGUUCUAACAUGGAUAUUACACGACAGCUAAGAACUGUAGCAAGCAAGUUCCUGACCCAUAGAGAAGUCAGUGCUCAAGAGGCGACUUUUCGAGUGUUGUCACUUCCAUUGUGCUAUUUUGACAGGCAAAGAAUAUUUGUUUCAACUAAUCCACCUACAGAGAGAGUGAAAUUAUUGAAACCCAGAGCUGUCAUAGAACAAAUGGAAGAUGAUGAUGAAGAUAUCUAUCAAGUUGGUCUUCUUGACAAAUACUCUAUGCGACCACUUUAUCUGUCAGACAUAUGCUUAGCAGAAUUUGCUGUAACAUACACAACAUCCUACUCAAAUUUUGAUUCUGAGGACACAAAUCCAGAGGUGAUUGGUAUAGCGGAUGACCUGGAAUCCCCACACUACAUCACAUUAACAGAUGGAAAAAAAAUGGUGAGGAGAAAAAAGACAGCAGUCAUACGAACACACAAGGUCUCACAGAAAAAGAAUCCUGAGAAGUAUUCCUAUGCAUUAUUGUUGCUAUAUGUCCCAUGGAGAAACGAGGAAAAAGACAUUGGACCUUGUGAAUUUGAAGGAGAUUUUUUCCAGAAAAAAUUGACAAUGUACACUGAACAAAUCAACGCUAUGAUGCUGAGAUUUGAAAAACAUGCACAGUUAAUAGAAGAAGCACUAGAUGACAUUGAAGAAAAUGGUCCUCCUGAUCCUGAUGCAUGGGGUCAUCUGGCCCCAGAAACAGUGCAAGCAAACCUUGAUGCUGCUAGAGAAGGUUCUAUGGAUGAUGAAAAUGCUGAUUUUAUGGAUCCAGGAAGAAACAGAGUUCCCAAUGGAGACCCAUCACUUGAAUCUCCCCAAGUCAUUUAUGAAGUACUAGCUUCCAGGUUGACAGACCACCAGUGGAGAGAGCAUAUCCACUCGCUGAAUGAGGAGCAGACUCUGGUUCACAAUUUCUUUGUCACAUGGUGUACCAGGUUAUGUCAAAGUAAAAAGAUGCCUCCAAAACCUGAUGCUUUUCACAUAUUUGUCAGCGGCGGAGCAGGAACUGGCAAGUCUCAUCUCAUUAAAACCAUUCAAGAAUCAGCUUUCCGUCUACUCCGACCUGUCACAGAAACCUCAGAUGAAAUAACAGUCCUUACAGCAGCUCCUACGGGCACAGCAGCUUUUAAUGUGUUUGGCAUGACCUUACACUCUGCUUUUCUGUUGCCUGUAAUGAAGGGGUUUUCAACAUAUAAGCCUCUCUCACAAGAAAAAUUGAACACACUCAGAUGCAAACUUAGUUCACUGAAGGUCAUUAUUAUAGAUGAAAUAUCAAUGGUAAGCGCUGACAUGCUUCUGUUCCUACACCGCCGUCUUCAAGAAAUCACAGGGAGUUCUGAAAUAUUUGGAGGACUCAGCAUUUUCACCUUUGGAGAUUUAUUUCAACUACCUCCACCUGCACAGCGAGCUCUUUUUGAUCAACCUUCUGACGAGAUAGCAAGAUUAUAUGGAUCUCUAUGGAAGAAUCAUUUUAAAGUUGUAGAACUUCAACAGAUCAUGAGACAGAGAGAUGACUUAUCUUUUGCCAGAUUGUUGAACCGUGUAAGAAGUGGACAGCACACAAAUGAUGAUGUAUGGACACUGUGUACAAGGGAAACAAAUGACCCUCCUGAAGACAUCCUCCAUGUUUACACCACAAACAAAGCAGUAGACAGUUACAACAACAAGAAACUGGAAUCACUUUCAACCUCAAAAUUUGUUGUGAGAGCACAAGACUCAAAGAAGGAUGUUACAACAGGUGCCAUUGCUGUAAAUCUCUCAGAUAAGGCAACAGAAACAGGAGGCUUACGCUCAACUCUUCAUUUAGCUGUAGGAGCUAGAAUCAUGCUGACAUACAAUGUUAGUACAGCUGAUGGUUUGGUAAAUGGAGCUAAAGGAACAGUGAAAGGAUUCAUACCAACACCGCCAACUACUGCAGAUGACAACUACACACCAAAUUUUAUUCUUAUUGAAUUUGACAACCCAAAUAUUGGACAUCAGACCAGGAUUUUAUACGGACGCCUUCUUCAGCAUCAGUCAACAGUUGUACCUAUUGUUCGACAACAGGUUCAAGUGCAGUUAGGCAAACACUCAACUGUGCAUGCAGUCCGGUUUCAGUUUCCUCUCACGCUCGCUUGGGCAACCACUAUUCAUAAGGUGCAAGGAGAGACAUUGAACAGCAUUGUUAUACACUGCAAUGGCCAGUUCCAGCCAGGACAGCUCUAUGUUGCUUUAAGUAGAGUAAAAUCAUUGAAUGGCCUGUAUCUUGUGAAUUUUGACAGCCAAAAAAUCAAAACCAGUGCCAAGACCAUUGCUGAAAUGGAAAGGCUCAUGAACUCCAUGAAGUUCUUUCCUCCUGAUACCCUAUCAUAUCUACCAGAUUCCAACUCGAUGAUCAGCAUAUCAGCAGUCAAUGCACAAUCAUUGCACAGACAUUUCGUUGAUGUUAUCAACCAUCCAUCUGCCAGAUCUGCUCAUAUUUUAGGAGUUACGGAGACAUUCUUAAUGCCGUCUGACAGCGACAGUGAUUAUGGUUGGAAAAAUCACCAUAUCUUCCGCAAAGACAGACACCACACCUUGGAAAAUACAACUCCUCCAACAUCUAGAACACAGCAUUCUGCUCAUGGAGGUGUAGCUGUGUAUGUUAGUGAUCAUUAUUGUGUAGAAUUUAUUUGUCAGAUCUGUCAUAUACCUGUUGAGUGCAUUGCUCUUGUAUUAUUUAACAGGAAUUCAUCUUUGAGAUUCUGUUUCGUUGUCACAUACAGACCUCCAAAUCAAACAUUAGACAUUUACCUAACCCACAUGGACAAUGUUAUGAAAAACAUUCCUCAUCUAAACAUACCAACUCUUAUUUCUGGAGAUUUCAAUGUAAAUCUCCUUCAAGAGUCACCAUCGCAGAAACUAUUGGAAACAUUCUUUGCAUCCUAUGGCUUCCAACAGAUCAUUGACAGUCCAACACAUAUCUCAGGAUCCCUUUUAGACCAUAUGUACUGCAAUUUCGCCAUUCCUACAGAUGUAUACAAGACAGUGCAGCCAACUUAUUUUUCUCAGCAUUCCUUUGUGCAGAUAAUUUUUCCUCGAUAA